AUGGACAAUGGGCGCAAGCCGCGCCGGCGCAGGACGGCGUUCACGCACGCGCAGCUCGCCUACCUGGAGCGCAAGUUCCGCUGCCAGAAGUACCUCUCCGUGGCCGACCGCAGCGACGUGGCCGACGCGCUCAACCUCAGCGAGACGCAGGUCAAGACCUGGUACCAGAACCGCAGGACUAAGUGGAAGCGGCAAAACCAGCUGCGCCUGGAGCAGCUGCGGCAGCAGGCGUCGGUGGAGAAGGAGCUGCUGUCUGCGCAUGCGCCCGCAGAGCCGGCAGCCUGCUGCCCCUACCAGCCGCCCGCCUUCCUCACCACGGCCGCCGCCAUCUUCCGCAACGUCACCUACGUGCACGGCUGCCAACUGUAG